UACAAUAGGUUUCCAUUGUUUAUCUGGCAAUCGGUUCAGACAACUACCAGUGCCCGAUCAAUGUCUGCCCUAAAAAUACCACUCAAUCGGUAUCCGUGUCUUAGAUCGGCGGCGCUUACGGACAACAACAAUGGAAACACCAUCGAUAAUGGUCUGGAUAUGAUUGACCUAAAAAAACGUUGCAUCAAAUCGAUAGCUUAUGUCAUACGGCCUACAAUUAAAGACAAUUGUAUUGUUAGCGGUACGGGAACCGGUGUUUUUGUUGUCGACAAUCGUCUACUGUUGACCUGCUAUCAUGUGGUCAAACAUAGGCCAGUAGUUUGGGUUCAAUGUGUGGCAAUGUAUUGGAAUCAGUUAGUAAUGACUACACCCUUGAUUGAGGCCGACGUCGUGUACGUCGAGCCGCACUGGGAUCUGGCAUUAGUCAGACUCCAUGAGCUGCCAUCACAACCGUAUAAAAUGUUGACCACAAUGCCGAUGACUACCAGUCCAGAGAGUACCGAUUUUGGCGCACCCGUAGCCAUGCUUGGACACGGCAAUAGUAUACUGUUUACAUUACACCCGGGUAUGAUUACUACACCCCGGGUACCCCAACACAAUCUGAUACCAGCUAAACACGAUGCUAGUAGUGUAGCAUAUUUUUCGGAAUUACCGGUCAUAACACACGAUACUAUAGUUGCGGCCGGUUUUUCCGGAUGUCCUCUAAUCGAUACCGAUGGCCGAUUGUCGGGUUUGCUUUGGGGUGGUAUCCUAGAAUGUGGACAGGUAGCUCUAGCUGUCGACUAUAAAAUAUUGACAGAGUUUAUAACUAAAGCACUGACUUAUGAAAGAGAUGGACUAAAACAAAUAAGUUAUGGGGAACGGUAUGUAUUGGACAAUAGGGACAGCGACAAGCGAUUAUUGGGUUUGAUUUUCUCUACACAACCAUUUUCGGGUAGUUUUACUGUCCGAUCGGUUUUGCCCACAGUUUUAGAUGAAACAAAAAGUAUUAUCGGCUCACGUGUUACCAAAGUUUUUGAACACGUGUUCAACAAUAUUGACGUCAUCCGAUCGGCUAUCGGUAGUAAUCGGGUAAUAAAAUUGUCGAUUGGAUUACCCACUGAUGAUGACAAUAGUAGUGGUGGUGGUAGUCAAGGGACGACAGUUAUAAAUGACAGCAUCAGCUCUAUUAACAUCAAUACUAUAGCACCCGUCGAUAACCAUGGCUUUAGGAUUAAACCAUUAGUUUUUUGA